CAGUGGUACCGUUUUUCCAUUCACAGUAAUAUGCUGUAAAAACUACUGUAAAUUCUACAGUCAAAAAACAGACAGCUAAGUCACCAGGAUUUUACCGUAAAAUCUGCAGUGAAUGUCUUUUUACGUUAAAAUUCUUGCAACCAAGCCUUUUUUUUUUAAGGAAAAAUGUACGGCAGUUUUUACAGUGUAUUACUGUAAAUAGGAAAAUGUUGCCACAUUUUUAUUUAUUUUUUGUUUCCAGAAUUUCACUGUGAAUUCAAUUUACAUUAAUAUGCUGUAAAUUCUACAGUUAGAAAAUAAGCACAAUUAUUGUAAAAUUUGCGAUGUUCUUUACAGCAUUUGACUGUAAACGACACUUUUUUUACGGUAACUUAUUUGGCAUCCGAGCUGCCAAUUUUUUGCAUCGUAAAAUCUACGGCUGUUUUUACAGUGUGUUACUGUAAAUGAGAAAAUGUUGUUUUUUACUGGCAUCUCAGUUUCCAGAAUUUCACUGUAAAUUCUACGGUCAAAAAAUAGGCAGUCACCCGGAAUUUAGUGGAAAAUUUUGCGGUCUUCUUUACACCAUAUUACAGGUUUUUACGGUAAAAUGUUGGCCUUUUUUUUUUUACUGUAAAAUCUAGGGCAGAUUUUACAGUGUGUUACUGUAAAUAGGAAAAUGGUGCCACAGUUGUUUUUUUGUUUUUUGUUUUUUUACUGGCAGCUCAGUUUCCAGAAUUUCACUGUGAAUUCCAUUUACAGUAAUAUGCUGUAAAUUCUACGGUUAGAAAAUAGGCAAAAUUAUUGUCAAAUUUGGCAUGUUCUUUACAACAUUUUACUGUAAACGGCACUGUUGUUUCACACACAAUUUAGUGGAACAUUUUGCGGUCUUCUUUACACCAUAUUACAGGUUUUUACGGUAACAUUUUGGCUAUUUUUUUUACUGUAAAAUCUACGGCAGAUUUACUGUAAAUAUGAAAAUGGUGCCACAGUUUGUUUGUUUUUUGUUUCCAUAAUGUCACUGUGAAUUCCAUUUACAGUAAUAUGCUCCAAAUUCUACAGUUAGAAAAUAAGCACAAUUAUUUUCAAAUUUGCCAUGUUCAUUACAGCAUUUUACUGUAAACGACACUUUUUUUUUACGGUAACAUUUUUGGCAAGCGAGCUGCCAAUUUUUUGCAUCGUAAAAUCUACGGCUGUUUUUACAGUGUAUUACUGUAAAUGGGAAAGCAGUACACAUUUUUUUUAUGGCCGCUUAGUUGCCAGAAUUUCACUGUAAAAAAACAGUAGUACUAUUGCUAUAUGCUGUAAAAACAAACGACCAUAAACUUGCAGCUAAAACGCCAGAAUUUUUACUCAGUUGCAAGAAAUUUACUGUAAAAAAAAGUGUGUUUUUUUUCAUUUACAGUAAUAUGCUGUCAAUGUACAGUCAAUUUUACGGUAAAAAAAAAACCUUUCAGGAUUUAACCAUCAAAUCUAUUGUCAUUUGUAACAUUCGAUGUAAAAACAUGUCCAUGAUAAAGUUGCAUUGUUGGAUAAUAUUAACGUUUAAAUGUGUUUAAUUGAAUGAAUACAACAAGACGAGGUGCUACUAACCGACCCUUUGUGCAUCGCGGACAGCGGAUGACGUCACGUCCCGGCGAGGAGGGGGCGGGGCCUCGUGGGCGUGGCUUUCCUUACCUGGCGCCGCUUUGAUGGCCGCCAAGUUGCGCCAACCGCCUGCAGCUGCGUGGACGUCACCUGCCCGGGCUCACCUGUACUUGAAAGACGUGACUUGGCAGCCAUUAACCUAAAAGAUGAUCCACUUCUGACUCCCUCAUGAGAUCUGUAGUGAUGUUCCAAGCCAUGCUAGUCGUGUCCACCUUCUUCCUGCUCGUCCUCUACUCCAGCCUGCACAAAGAGUUGGUCGACGCCCACAAAAAGGUGGUCUACUCCCCCAAGGCCAGAUCGCCUGGCCCGCCGGAGCGCAGAGAGGUGGCGACGCGGGACAAUGCCACGUCGCGGCACCCGCCCGCCGUCCUCAACGUGUCCAUCUCCGCCGGCUUCAGGAGCGCCUUCCCGGAGAACGGCGCCUACUGGAACCGCCUGCUGCACUCGGGCUUCAGGCGCCUGGACAGGGGGGAGGAUCCUCUGGGUGCGGAGGCACCAUGGGGUCUCUGCAGGGAGAACAAUCAGGAGGCGCUGGAGACCAACGUGCCGGACGUUGCCACCUACCCGCUCUUCUUCCGCAGGUUCUUGCAAGGCAUGAAGUGUCGCUCGCCGCCGCUCCUCAUCGACCAGCCCGCCAAGUGCGAGGAGGCGAGGGGAGCCAACGCCACCUUCCUGCUCUUCGCCAUCAAAUCCAGGCCGGGCAACUUUGAGCGCAGGCAGGCGGUGCGCGAGACGUGGGGGCGGGAGCAGCUGCACGGGGGACGCCUGAGCGUGCGCACCGUGUUCCUGGUGGGCGCCGCCUCCGCCGACGACCCCGACCUGGGCCCGCUGCUGGCCUUCGAGGCCGGCCUCUACGGCGACCUCCUGCAGGCCGACUUCCACGAGUCGCUCUUCAACCUGACGCUGAAGAUGAACGCCUUCCUGCGCUGGACGCUGCACCGCUGCCCCCGCGUGUCCUUCGUCUUCAGCGGGGACGACGACGUCAUGGUCAACACGCCGGCCUUGCUGCGCUACCUGGAGUCCCUGCUGCCUCCCCGGGCCGCACGCUUGUACGCGGGGCAGGUCAUCAGGACGGCCACGCCCCUCAGGGACCCCAACAGCAAAUACUUCAUCCCCAUGAGCUUCUACGACGGACCCUACCCCGUCUACGUGGGCGGAGGCGGCUUCCUCGUCUCCGGGGCGCUGCUGCGGCCGCUCUACUCCGCCUGCCGCGCCGUGCCCUUCUUCCCCAUCGACGACGUCUACGUCGGCAUGUGCUUCGCCGCCCUGCGGGUGUCCCCCGAGGCUCACGCCGGCUUCCACACCUUUGACAUCCGCGAGAAGGACCGCGACAACCUGUGCGCCUACAGAAGUCUGAUCCUGGUGCACCGCCGCUCCCCGCAGCAGGUGAAGAAGAUCUGGAGGGGCCUCCAGAGUCCGCUGCUGACCUGCUGAUCCUAGCCGCCUGCGCCGAGUCGCUUCACCGUUCCGAAACAUCCUUCCGUUAUUUCAAUUAAAACAGCAAGACCUUGGCAAGAUUCACCCGCAUGCUUUUUAUUGUCCACAAAACCGCGUGAAAGGAUCCACCAGACCAGCCACCUAACGCCCGUGACCAUCUCCCGCCAAAAAGACCUACAUGUGCACUGCAAAAAAAAACAAUUUGACCGUAAAAAUAACCGUGGUACCGUUUUUCCAUUUACAGUAACGCACUGUAAAAACGACAGGAAAAAACUGGCAGCUCAUUCGCCGGAUUUUUACUGUAAAAACAGUGGCACUGAUUUUUUUAAUUUACAGUAACUCAUCGGAGAAAAAAAAUCCUUAGAUUUUACGGUAAAAAAAACUGGCAACAGUUUUACAGUAAAAAUUUCAGCGGUACAGUUUUUCCAUUUGCACUAAUUUGGACUGAAGCGUUUUUCCAUUUGCAGUAACGCACUGUAAAAACGACUGGAAAUUUUGCGGUUGAAAAAAAAACG